CCACCUCGUUAUCUUUUACCCUUACGCAACGCUCACUCCAUCGUCGCCGUCGCCGUCGCCUCUCUCUCUCACCUCGGAAGCGUUGGGAUGUCGGGGGUGCUCCGAUGGAGAAAACUCCGCGAUGCAGCUGUGCGGGCCGCCAACAGCGAGAUCUCGGCUUAUGCCUCCGAUACCGAGCCCGUAUGCCGCCUCUCCCGCCGCCGUCCGGCCUCCGACUUCGCCGCAGACGAUCGGCGCCGCCUUCUCCAAUCGUCCCCAGCAGUCGCCUCCCCGCACCGCUGCCUGGGCCUUUUACGACAGGAUCGGCACAAGUGGGACGGCGGAGCUGACGAGUUCCGCACGCGGCGCAUCCGAGCCGAGGCACAGUGCCCUCGCUGCUCCCAUCACAUGGACAUCCUUUUCUCCAACCGAUUCCCUUCCUCCGUCGCCGGAGGAAGCUUUGGAGGAGGGUAUCAAGCCCUCAAUUUAUGCCCUAGCUGCAAGACUGCUUAUUAUUUCCGCCCUCAUAAGCUCGUCCCCCUUCAGGGCACCUUUGUCGAGAUCGGGCGCGUCCGAGAUGCCCAACUUGCGAAGGGAAGAGGGGAGCACGAGGAAGAUGGAAACCGCGUAAAGACCCCAUUUUUGGAGGUGCUCAGGUCGUCCUUUGCUGGGGAGCCUCCGGAGAAUUGGCCACCGAUGCCUGGGCCACCAGAGGGCAAUGGGUUGGCGGUGCACACACCACCAGGGCCUCCGUUUCCUCCUAACUUAAAUGUCGUCAGGGUGUCCGGUCCUGGUGGAAGCGGGGGAGGAGGCGGAUCGGGCAGUGGCAGUGGCAGUGGCAGUGGGUUCAAUGGGAAAGACGGCUGGGGUGGGUCGAAUUUGGGAAAGGACUUGCCCACGCCAAAGGAAAUAUGCGAGGGGCUUGACAAAUAUGUAAUAGGGCAGGAGCGUGCAAAAAAGGUGCUUGCUGUUGCUGUUUACAACCACUACAAAAGGAUACAUCAUGCUUCCUUACAGAAAGGUUCUGGAGCUGACUCAGAGAAUUGUGAGACAGAUGAUAACGAUGAGGACAAUGUGGAGCUUGAGAAAAGCAACGUUCUUUUGUUGGGACCUACUGGAUCAGGAAAGACAUUACUUGCUAAAACUUUGGCUCGCUUUGUUAAUGUACCAUUUGUCAUAGCAGAUGCAACAACAUUAACACAGGCAGGAUAUGUUGGAGAGGAUGUAGAAUCAAUACUGUACAAAUUGCUUACGGUUGCUGAGUUCAAUGUACAUGCAGCUCAACAAGGAAUAGUUUACAUCGAUGAAGUUGAUAAAAUAACUAAGAAGGCUGAGAGCCUAAACAUUAGCAGAGAUGUAUCUGGAGAAGGUGUCCAACAGGCUCUAUUGAAAAUGCUAGAAGGAACUAUAGUCAAUGUUCCAGAAAAAGGAGCUCGGAAGCACCCCCGAGGUGACAACAUUCAGAUAGAUACUAAGGACAUUCUUUUCAUAUGUGGUGGUGCUUUUAUUGAUUUGGAAAAGACUAUUUCUGAAAGACGACAAGAUUCGUCUAUAGGUUUUGGAGCACCAGUACGAGCAAGCAUGAGAGCCGGUGGGAUCGCUAAUGCCACUGUAACAUCUUCCUUAUUAGAAUCAGUUGAGAGCAGUGAUCUCAUAGCAUAUGGGUUGAUUCCCGAAUUUGUUGGUCGUUUUCCGAUACUGGUUAGUUUGUCAGCUCUGAGUGAGGACCAACUUGUUCAAGUGCUGAUGGAACCAAAAAAUGCCCUCGGUCGGCAGUACAAGAAAUUGUUUAGCAUGAACAACGUCAAGCUACACUUUACAGAGUAUGCCCUUAGGUUGAUUGCGAAGAAAGCAAUGGCCAAGAACACUGGCGCACGAGGUUUAAGAGCUCUUUUGGAGAGUAUUCUUAUUGAGGCCAUGUUUGAGAUUCCUGAUGUCAAAACUGGGGAUGAACGAAUUGACACAGUGGUGGUGGACGAGGAAGCAGUAGGUACCGUAGAGAAAUCAGGAUCUGGUGCCAAAAUUUUGCGAGGAGAUGAUGCUCUGGAACGAUAUCUUUCUCUGAAUAAAAGAACUGAUUCUGCCACAGUGGUUUUAGAGGGUGAAUUGGAAGGAGAAUCUGAGCUUGAAUCUGGAGCCAUGAGCAUGUGAUGCCCCAUUAAUGGCCAUGAACUGUAAAAAAAAAAAAAAAUCCUCGCCAUUUACAUUGGAUCGAAUUUUAUCCUUGUAUACAGAAUAAUGCUCUCAUCUCAACCUGAAGUAACAAAAAAAUAUAAAACCCUUAGUUCA